UAUAAUGGGAUGCAAUGAAUCACGUAAAGAGAAUAAGAUCUCAUUAAAUGAAGUAGUAUUAGAUAAACUACAUCGUUUAUUUGAUAGAUUACGAAGUCGUUAUCGAGAGUAAAUAUAAUUCGUUUAUGUUUAGAACUGCAACAACAGAUUAUAUUUGUUAAGAGAGUUUGGAGUAUCUAUGUGAUGGUAACCCUUGUUUUGGUGGAAAACUAUAUUAGUUUAUGUUAAAACAUUCUACAAAUAAGAAGGUUGAUUUUGAGAAUUUCAUUACAAUAGUGGAAAUAUUAAUUGAAGAGCCUAGUUCAUAUCAUUUAUAAGGAUAUAGAUCACUUGAUAAGAUGGAAAUCUUUUUUUUAAUAAGUUUAUAAAGACUGUCAAUAGAUGAUGCUGAAUUCAAAGACUCAAAUGUAUCAUACUUGGAGGCACUUCAAUUUCUCUAAGAUGUAGAGUAUAUAUCUCUGAGAUCAGGUUUAGCAUUAAGUUAAAAAUUGAGUGCUGAUGAAUCAGUUGCUAGAUCAAUAUUAAGUGCUGUAUAUCCAAAUAGUUCAGGUGCUGUGAAAUGGUGGAGUCUAGUAUUAUUCUUUAAAUAACUAUUCCCUCAUCUAACAGAAUAAGUUAAAUAAUACUUUACAAUGUUAUUUUUAAGUGUAUAAUAAUAGAAGCUAUAAGCAAGGUAUAUAAUGUAUAAUUAUAUUAGAUUUACUAAGCCAUCUUAUUUGCUUAAUGGUCCAUAAUAUAUUUAUUUAGCACUUGGAAAUGCAUAUAUAAAAUCAUCAAGUUAAGUUAAUUUAUUAUGGAGUAAUGCUAUAUCUGGUUGGAAUUUUGAAUCUCUUUAUAGAGCAUUAUUAUAAUUUGAUGGACCAACAGUGUUUUUAUUCAAAUUUAGUAAUGAUUCUGAUGAAUCUAUUGUGGGAGCAUUUAAUAAAAAAAAAUGGAUAGAUUCUGGAUUAUAUUAAGGAAAUGAAGAAAGUUAUCUUUUUUAAUUGAUUCCUAAAUUUAAAGUAUUUGCAGCAAGUCGUUUUAAAAGAACAUUUCCUAAUGAAAGUGAUUAAAAUACUUAAAAUUAUUCAUAUUUACAUUAUUUUGGAGAAGGUAUUGGAGAUUAUAAAGGUUUGAAUGAAAUAGCACCUUCAGGAGUAGGAUUCGGAGGAGCAAAUAAUAAAUUUAGAUUAUGGAUAGAUGCUUAAGAUAUGUAAACAAAAAGUUAUGUAACACCAGAAGAUGAAACAUAUAAAAAAGGUAAUUAUGAUAUUAUAAUAUUUAUAAAAGGUUCAUUAAUAAAUCCAGUAUUAAAAGAAUAUAAAUUGACAUAUGCUGAAGUUUGGAGUGUUGGAAAAGAAGUAGAUAUAUUAAGCACUUAAUUAUUGAUUGAGAAAGCUAAUUAUUUAGAAUCUCAUUAUUUAAGAUCUUCAAUGAGAGUUUAAAAGGAAAUGAUUGGUUUAAUGAAAGCCCCUUUAAAUAUGGACGAAGAUUAAUAAUAACCAAGAUUAUCUGGAGUUUCAAAGUCUUAAAUCAGGUCAUCAUCUGCAAUCUAAUAAUCAAGAAAAGCAUAGAUAUUAGAUAUGGUUGAUCCUUACACUGUUUAACCAAAUUAUUAAUCUAAUUAAAGAAAUACUUAAACCUCAUUAGCUAGAACCAAGACUUCUAAAAGUUAUAUUUAAUAAUAAUAACCACCCUAAUUCUAAGAAAAUGGAUAAGAAGAAACAGGAUUUGGAGCUACUACAUUAUUUAGAGGAAGUGCACCACCUGAAUAACCAUAACAACCAGACGUUGGUUAUGGUGCUACAUAACUUAUUAGAACUUCAUAUUAAAAAGAAUGAAUGCCAUCCAUCAAAAUAAAUAACAUAU